CCCAAGGCCAGCAGCGGGUGUCACUGGGCAGGGCCUGGGCCUGGCCCCCAGCCUCCAGUCCAGUCUCUCCUGGGCUGUGUCCUGUGUCACAGAGGUGGGAGGGGUCUGGGCCCAGGUCCUGUCAGAGUUCAUGGAAGCUCUGCGCAGGGAGAGAACGCGCGGAAGGUGGCGGCGGAGGCGGAUCCGAGAGGCGGGACACCGGGGAGCUCAGAACCCGUAGGCCGAGCGGACCAGGCGCCUCCCCCGCGGACAGCAGCCUGGGCAGCGACAAGCUUUCGUCCCUGGCCGGGUAGUCUGCGCCAUCCCCGUGUCCCUCCCCGUGUUCCCUGGUCCCUGUGUCCCCCGUCUUUAUGGAGCAGCUGCUGCGAGCAGAGCUGCGCACCGCGACCCUACGCCCCUUCGGGAGCCCGGGCGCCGGCUGCAUCAGCGAGGGGCGCGCCUACGACACCGACGCGGGUCCUGUGUUUGUCAAGGUCAACCCCAGGACGCAGGGCUGCGAGGCACAGCCUGGCUGUAGAGGCCCCGGCUGGAGCCAGAGCUCCUGGUGUGUUCUGGUGCAGGCCCGGCAGAUGUUUGAGGGGGAGCUGGCCAGCCUGGAGGCCCUCCGGAGCACGGGCCUGGUGAGGGCGCCGCGUCCCAUCAAGGUGUUCGACCUGCCAGGAGGCGGGGCCGCCUUUGUGAUGGAGUACCUGAAGAUGAGGGGCUUGAGCAGUCAGGCAGCAAAACUCGGGGACCAGGUUGCAGACUUGCACCUGUAUAACCAGAAGCUCAGGGACAAGUGGAGGAAGGAAGAGCACACAGUAGGCCGGAGAGCUGAGGGUGGUGAGCCCCAGUAUGUGACCAAGUUUGGCUUCCACACGGUGACGUGCUGCGGCUUCAUCCCGCAGGUGAACGAGUGGCAGGACGACUGGUCCACCUUCUUCAUCCGGCACCGGCUCCAAGCGCAGAUGGACCUCAUUGAGAAGGACUAUGGUGACCGGGAGGCACGUGAACUCUGGUCACAGGUCCAGGUGACGAUUCCGGAUCUGUUUUGUGGCCUAGAGAUUGUCCCUGCCCUUCUUCACGGGGAUCUCUGGUCAGGAAAUGUGGCUGAGGACGACUCGGGGCCCAUUAUUUAUGACCCGGCUUCCUUCUACGGCCAUUCUGAAUUUGAACUGGCAAUCGCCUUGAUGUUUGGGGGGUUCCCCAGAUCCUUCUUCACUGCCUACUACCAGAAGAUGCCCAAGGCGCCCGGGUUCGACAAGCGGCUGCUGGUCUACCACCUAUUUAACUACCUAAACCACUGGAACCACUUUGGGAGGGAGUACAGGAGCCCAUCGCUGAGCACCAUGAGGAAGCUUCUCAAGUAGCAGCCAUCUGCCUGCCGGGAAAUAAGUGGGGGCAGCACCGGUCACCCCAGCUUCGGGACUAAUAAACCAACGGGGCUUCCGGGACGGAGCGGCUGUGUGUCUUA